AAAAAAUCCCAAAAUUAUUUCUCAUUUAAUAUUCGGCCUCGUUCAUCUUCUCUCAUAUGUGGCUGUGCUAAUGACCCUCACACCCCUCUCCCAUGCCUCCAAAAUUCCGGCCUCUCUUCUUCGUCAUUCUACUUCUAGCCACCGCCGCCACCAUUACCGCACACAGUUUAUCAAAUGCACUGUAUUUUGAGCAGCUUACGGUGUUUCGAGAAGCGCCGGCGUUUCGAAACGGCCUGGAAUGUCCCCAAGCUACAUGGUCAUCCACCAUCAAGGGACAGUCCCAGCAUGGCCUUUCGUCGAUUAUCCAUAUUGCCAUGACUCUCGACUCCACCUACCUCCGUGGCUCCAUUGCCGGCGUCCUAUCCGUAUUGCAGCAUGCCACUUGUCCCGAGAAUAUUGUCUUCCACUUCCUCUCCACGCAUCGCCGCGCCGAGCUCCGCCGCACGAUUACUUUGACGUUUCCGUAUCUCAACUUCCACCUCUAUCACUUCGACGCCGAUUUAGUCAAAGGAAAAAUCUCUUUCUCCAUUCGCCGGGCUCUGGAUCAACCGUUGAAUUACGCUAGAUUUUACCUCGCCGAUUUGUUACCGGCUAGUGUGGGCAGGAUCAUAUACUUCGAUUCUGAUCUAAUAGUGGUUGAUGACGUGGCUAAAUUAUGGAGUUUCAAUUUGGGUGCUCACGUUCUAGGUGCACCCGAGUACUGCCACGCUAACUUCACCAACUACUUCAAUUCACGAUUUUGGUCCAACCCGGCGUAUGCGGCGUCGUUUAGAGGGAGGAAGCCUUGCUAUUUUAACACAGGGGUGAUGGUGAUAGACGUGUUGAAAUGGAGAAAUGGAAAGUACACGCAGAAACUGGAGUACUGGAUGAGGAUACAAAAGAAGUAUAGAAUCUAUGAAUUGGGUUCUUUACCACCGUUCUUGCUUGUCUUCGCUGGGAAUGUGGAAGGCGUGGAGCAUAGAUGGAACCAACAUGGGCUUGGCGGUGAUAAUCUUCAUGGGUUGUGUAGAGAUCUACAUCCUGGUCCUGCUAGCUUGCUCCAUUGGAGCGGAAAGGGUAAGCCUUGGCUUAGAAUUGACUCCAAAAGACCCUGUCCCUUGGAUUCACUAUGGGCUCCUUACGAUUUGUAUCGCCACUCUUUACUCUUCUCUGAUAGUUGAAGCAGAAGAUGCCAGCUUGCUUCGGGUGGGAGUUUUUUCUCGAUUCAGUGAGGUUAACUAGGACAAAGGUGGAAAUAUAAAUUAUCGAGGCGUUAUGGGUAAUGGAUUGGUGGCGGAGGGCGGAGCAAAGGGAGCUAGUAGCGAUUGAAGUGGGGGAACUGCGCGGUUGACUGCUGUGAUUUGGUGCAAAUGGGUGGGCGAAGAAGAAGGUUAAACAGGGAAUGUGUUAAUGUAAGGUGAAUGAUGCUUGAUUGGCUGCAUGGUAUUUUUUUUUUUUCUAGAACAAAAAAAAAAGAUAGUUUAAGAAGAAAAAAAUAAAACGAAAAAGAUGGGUGUGGUUGGAGGUGGAUAUCCAUUUCUUUGAUCAUGGAAAUCGCUCUCAAGUGGUUUUCUUUUGCUUUUACAAACAGUGGAAAGUGAAUGACAAUGGCAGAACACCUACAUUGUUUUGAUGAAUGGUGUCAUGUCCACUUGUUUUUCCAUUUUAUUGCAUUGUGGGGCCUUUUGAUUGCAGCUGUUUUGGGUUUAUUGAUGUGGAUUAGAAUCAAAA